AUGCUUCAGUCUUCAGUGAAAGACCUGAAAAGGCAUGGCAUUAAGCUCUUAAGAGAAAUACAGUCUGAUGUGCUCAGAAGAUCACCUGGAGAAGCGGACCCGCUCGGUGCAGCCGCCGCCGCGGGCACGCCGGGACGAACAGGGAGGAUGGCCGCGGGGCGCCUCCCGGGGCUGCUCUUGCUCUUGCACUCCGUGGCUCGUCUGGCUGCCGAGCAAGAAGUUGAAAACCUCUCCGGGCUCUCCCCUAACCCCGAAAAGGAUAUCUUUGUGGUGCGGGAGAACAGGACGACGUGCCUCAUGGCGGAAUUCGCCGCCAAGUUCAUCGUCCCUUACGACGUGUGGGCAAGCAACUACGUGGAUCUGAUCACGGAGCAAGCCGACAUCCCGCUGUCGCGGGGCGCCGAGAUGAAGGGCAAGUGCGGCACCAACGAGUCGGAGCUGGAGAUCUCGUGGUUGGAGCGGGCGUACACCCUCAAACUCUUCUUCUUGAAGGAGGGGCACAACACGUCCCGCGGGCCGGAGGCUUUCUGGAGGCUCAGCCGGAUCCAGUUCGCCUAUGACACCUCGGAGCGCACCUACUUCAAGGAUGCCGUCAGCCCUGGGAAGCACACAGCCAGUUCCCAUCGGCUCUCUGCCUUGGUCACCCCAGCGGGGAAGUCCUAUGAGUGCCAGGCACAGCAGACAAUCUCCCUCAUCUCCAGUGAUCACCAGAAGUCUGUGCAGCUCUUGUUGUCUGAAGUCCGCAUCCAGCCCUUUGACAUCACUGCGGAUUUUGUCUUCAGUGAAGAACACAAGUGCCCGGUUGACCAGAGGGAGCAGUUAGAAGAAACCCUGCCUCUGAUUUUGGGCCUGAUACUGGGGUUGGUUAUUGUGAUAACCCUCUGUGUUUACCACAUCCACCAUAAGCUCACAGCCAACCAAGUGCAAAUUCCUCGUGACAGAUCUCAGUACAAACACAUGGGAUAGGCGACAGGACGCAGCAGCACUGAUAUUCAUCAGGUAGACAAAGCAAAAGCAUUUUUUUCUUUGGGAGAAAAAAGGUUAUGGGGGAGGAAGAGAGGGUAUUCACAACGCCCAACUGCAAGUAUUUCGUGGAGACAGAGGAGGUUAAGCUUCUAUAUAGUGAGUGCACAGACUCAGCUGUCUCCAUAAGACAAUUAAGCAUGUCUGAUUUCAGGACUGUCUGUGGCAGUAGGUGCUGUGAAUACCUUCUUCAUCAGCUGAACCCAACACCUGCAGACAAGUACUUCAUGUGUCAAAGUCUACCACAAGGGGCAAAAUGGUUUUGUUUCUUCCUUUUUUCUUUAUUCCUCAAGGGAUUCUUACCUCCCCAUCGCCGCUCUUGGCAUCUGUUCACCCUCUGUGUUUGUGUAUUUCCAGAGAGCAGGACUGGGGGGACUUGGCCAUCGUGUGGACUUCAUUAAGGUCCUCUGAGAAAGGGGCUCCAAACAACAUGAGUGCAAAUGCCAGCAGUGUAAGGAAAUCACAAAAAGGUAUGGGGAUGUGUCAGGAAAAGUUCAGGCCAGAUCCUCAAGCUGCUGUAUACUGUAGUACUGCAGCCAGCUGAGGAACUGACCCCACACGUGAGGGGGAGUGAAGAAAAUUUGUUUUUGCUUCCUGCGCCACAUCUGAAUUAAAUUUAACUUAAACUUAACACACAAACAAAAGAAACGCACACAAAAAAGAGUAUUGAUACACAAACUAUAAAGAGCCAUGCUACUGCAAGUCAACUGAGAAAUGCUUCUGGCUGGACAUUCUGCACGUAUUGUGAUUGUUGAGAUGUUACAUUGCUACUUGCAACUGAUACCUUCACAGUGAGACAGAAACAAACAAAAAAGAAAACAGAACUAUUCACGUUACUAUGCAGAUUAUUCAGGUAUAAUCUAACGUAACAGAAAAAAUGUAAGGAAACUCUUGGAAUCUAACCUGAAAUGUAGGCCAUUUUUAAAUGAAUUAAAACAUGUACAUAUAGCGUA